GACCUAAUGCUUUUCUGUGGGUCCAACUCCUCUCUUUAGUCGUCCUGAAUCUGGUCUGGGAAUAGAGCUUUGGCCCCUGGGACUGUCUGACCAAGGAAUGCCCUUGAGAGGAGGCUGGGAGACUCGCUUCCUCUAACCUCCUUCUAGGUGCCCAAAGAGCUUUCUCUCCAGGAUAAAGGGACUCGAUUCUUUGAUUGCUGAGGAAACUAAGGUGCAGCGUGGUUGUGAUUUGCUCCAGGUCACUCAUGUAAUAAAGGGCAGAAAGAGUUUUAAAUAUAAAUGGUAGCUUCACUCUUUUCCUUCAGUCUGAUGCUGGCUUUUUCCCCUCUUCUUAAUAAUUCAUCAGACUUAUCUUCAAGGAGAAUCUUGGUGGUGUAGCUUUCUUAUUCUAGCAUUAAGCUGCCCUCCUAUUCUUCCCAAAUGCUCUUUCGUGAAGGUCAUUGGCUACUUUAUUAUUGAAGAAAGGUAGGGAGGGGUCUUAGGUUUGGUUCUGUGUGCCCAAGACAUUUCCUGGGUCUGUUCCUAGUCCUGCUUCUGCAGGGGACUGGCUAAACAGUGCAGAGGCAGAUCAGGCUGAAAAUGAGCCAGCAGGUUCCCGGAGACAGUCCAGAUCUCAGAAAUAAUGCAUCUGGCCCCCAGAAUCUCCAGGGGACUGAAGAGGACAGUUGGAUGAGAAGGGUGUUGAGCGACUCCGAGGACGUACAGGAUCGGGGGCCAUCUAUCUGCCCACCUUCGCUUCCUACCAUCCCCCAGGAUUCUCAGGCCCUGUUGUUUCCCUGCCAUCUGCUCUCAGUGAAGAUCAUUCGCAUGAGAAAUGUCCGUCAGGCUGAUGUGUUGAGUCUGACAGAUUGUUUUGUAAAUCUCUGGCUCCCCACUGCCUCCCAUGAGAAGUUAAGAACGAGGACUAUCUCCAACUGCACCAACCCAGAAUGGAAUGAAACCUUCAACUUCCGGAUCCAGAGCCAGGUUAAGAAUGUACUGGAACUAAGUGUCUGCGAUGAGGACUUAGUUACCCCAGAUGACCACCUCUUGACUGUUCUGUAUGACCUCACUAAGCUCUGCUUCCGAAAGAGGACCCAUGUGAAAUUUCCACUCAACCCUGAGGGCAUGGAAGAACUGGAAGUGGAAUUCUUGCUGGAAGAGAGUCCCACUCCACCUGAAAGUCUCCUCACCAAUGGCGUACUAGUGUCUAGACAAUUUUCCUGUUUGGAGGUCCAUGCGAAGCAUAAAAAACAGAAGAAGAAAGGAAAAAGAAAACAGCUAAGUGUGACAGUGAAUGAAUCCUAUGAAAACACCCAGUACAUCACACCCAUCUACAACUCCUGUGACCGAUGCCCAGAUCUUGCCUUCUUCCACUAUGCCAAAUACUUCCAGCCCCAAAUGCAUGUGGAUGUGCCCAAGAAACACUGGACCCAUGGGCUUUCCUGCUGCUGUGGUGCCCGUAAGAAUAAGUGUUCUGUCUGUGUGCCCCUGGAUUGCCUCCCAGAUGGACAAGAAUUGACAGUACCUAUGAAUGAAAACUGUGAUUUAUCUAUGACAGCCAAAGACUGCCCUGGUGAGACCAACGUGAGGCUGAGUUAUGAUCUAUGCCCAGAGGAGCUUGAGUUUCUGCAGAAGAGGAAGGUGAUUGUGGCAGAAGCUAUAAAGCAAGUUUUACAGCUGCAAGAAGAUCUGCAAGAAGAUGAGGUGCCUACUGUUUCCAUCAUGGCCACAGGGGGUGGCCUGAGAUCAAUGACCUCCAUGUUUGGCCACUUGUUGGGGCUUCAAAAGCUGAAUGUCCUGAACUGUACCAGCUAUGUGACAGGUCUUUCCGGUGCAACUUGGACCAUGGCCCACUUAUACAAAGAUGCUCACUGGUCCUCCAAAAAUCUGGAGAAGACCAUCCAGGAGGUUCGGAGACAAGCUGUCAAAAACAAGAUCCCUGCCCUUUACUCUGAACAACUCAGCUAUUACCGGCAGGACCUGCAGGAAAGGAGCCAAGAGGGCUACAAAGUGACCCUCAUAGACCUGUGGGGUUUAUUGCUCGAGUCUUGUUUCUUUGAUGAGAGAUAUGAAGGGAAAUUGUCAUGGCAAAAAGAAGCUCUGUGCCAGGGUCAGAAUCCCCUCCCAAUCUACCUCACCAUCAAUGUGAAGGAUAAUGUAAGCAACCAGGAUUUCAGAGAAUGGGUGGAGUUCACCCCCUAUGAAGUGGGAUUCCAAAAGUAUGGAGCCUUUAUCCCCUCGGAAUAUUUUGGCUCUGAGUUCUACAUGGGAAGGCUGAUGAAGAGGAUCCCAGAGUCCCGGAUAUGCUACAUGAUAGGUCUGUGGAGCAGCAUCUUCUCCCUGAACCUGCUUGAUGCCUGGAAUCUGUCUCAUACUUCAGAGGAAUUUUUCCACAUGUGGACAAGAGAAAAAAUGCAAGAUAUUGAGGAUGAGCCUAUAUUGCCUGAAAUCCCAAAAUGUGAUGCAAACGCCCUGGAGACAACAGUGGUGACACCAGGGACGAAGCUAGCCAAUACUUUACGGGACAUCAUCACCUACCGUGCCUUUGUGUCGCAGUUUCACAACUUCCUUCAAGGCCUGCAGCUUCACACAGACUACCUGCAAAAUAGCCAGUUCUCCACCUGGAAAGAUACAGUGCUGGACUGUUUCCCAAACCGUCUGACCCAGUCCGUGAAUCAUCUCUGCCUGCUGGAUACUGCCUUCUUCAUCAACGCCUCUUACCCACCCCUCCUAAGACCUGAGAGGAAAACUGAUGUCAUCAUACAUCUCAACUAUUGUGCAGGUUCCCAGACAAAGCCCUUAAAACAGACCUGUGAGUACUGUGAGGUGCAGAAUAUCCCCUUCCACAAAUUAAACCUGGAAGAAGAAAAUGACAACCUGAAGGAGUGUUACCUGAUGGUACCUGAUGAUGAUGCCCCAGAUGCCCCAAUAGUAGUCUUCUUCCCCCUCAUCAAUGGCUCUUUCCAAAAGUACAAAGCCCCAGGUGUGGAGCGUAGCCCUGAGGAGAUGGAAGAUGGAAAUGUUGACAUCUAUGGCCCUAAUACUCCCUAUAGCACCAAAGAGCUAACCUAUACAGAGUCUGCUUUUGACCGAUUAGUGAACCUUUCUGAGUACAACAUCUUAAAUAAUGCAGACAAGAUCCGUCAGGCCUUACACCUGGCCUUGGAAAGGAAGAAGCAAUCGAAGAAACCAUGUUCAGCAUAAACAUGGUGACCAUCAUGGAUAGUGUUCCUGUUUUUCCACCAUGGCAUCAGAGUCCAAUGCCUACGGAUUUGUUGGUAGAGGAUGUCCUCUCUCAUUGAGUCAAGACUUGACAAGAACCAUUUAUGUAUACCAAGAUGAGAGAGAGAUGUGGGGGAAAGGAAGAAGCAGAAAAUAACAAAUGAGAGGUACAUUGAGUUUUACUACCCAAAUUGAAACCAUUGAAUUUUUUUAGUAGUUUUUUAAAAAACUGAAUAACUCCCUGAAAUGAAGGGAGUACCAUUGCCACAGGCUCAGGCAUGCUGUCAUCUGAGAAGACUGAGGGCUGGGACAGGGGGAAAAACCCAGAGCUUGUUUUAACUGAGAGGAAACUUGAUACAGUAGGGAAAAAGGAGUAUUGGAAUUGUAAUCAGAAGACCUGAACUCAAAUCCUAAUUUUGUCAUUAAAUAUUUGUGCAAGUAUGGGCAAAUCUCUUUACUUCUCUAGGUAUAAAAUGAGGAAAACUGGACUAAAUAAUCAUUCUUCCUCUAUAAAGUUCAAAUAAUUAUCUCAGACUCUUCUCUGUCUCAUCUGCAUGGAUAUCCCAAGGACAAUGGGUAUGUGAUCUGUAAAGCAGUUUUAAAUUUCUCCCAAAAAACAAUUAAAUCUUCAUUCUUAUGAUCAUUUUUAUUGGCCAAUGACAAUGUGUACACCAGAAAGACAUCCUGGCAUCUUCAAUGACAUAGCCAAGCAGGUGACCAGAUUUUAAUUCACUACUGCCCACUCAGGAUUUGAGCCAAGUCUCGAUUACAUGAAGUGGUUUUCCUACAAGCAAGCGGGGCUCCUGGCAUUCACAUUUUAGGAAAUGCUAGACAAAGCACAAGACGUGUCCAGAUUGUUGAUUGUAAAUAGUGCUGCUGAGGGAUAUAACUUAGAAACAAUGGUAAAGACUCCCCAGAAUGGUUUGGACAAGCCUGUAAACCAUGAGAGCCCCAUAGUAGAGAAUUCAGAGCUAAGUUCACAAAAUGCCAUUGACUUCACAGAAUAGGUGUUCUUGGGACCCAGAGGCCAAGGUUAACUGGAAGCAUGCUCUUGGAGAACUGGACUUGGAUUUUCUUCCUAUUCUACCUCUCUCCUUGCCAUUCACCAUCAGGUCAUGAUUACUGUCAUUUAUCAUGUAAGCAUAAUCUACUUAAGUUUUUGAGUAAUGAGCCAAAUUACAGGACCUGUGUGUUGAAGGUGAAGGCAAUGGGAUCCACAAUUACCUCAAAGCUUAGAUGAUGAGGUUCAUAUACAUACUGUAUAGAAUGAGAGUGUCAUUCAGUUCAUUUAUGGACUUCAAAACUAAAUUAAACUGAUGACUGAAUAAAUA